GGCGGGAGCGCGCUCCGGGCUGGCCAUGGGCAGCGCGGCCGCGCCGCUGCGGGUGCUGCUGGACAUGGACGGGGUCCUGGCCGACUUCGAGGGCGCCGUGCUGCGGGAGUUCCGCGCCCGCUUCCCGGCGGAGCCGCGCGUGGAGCUGGAGCAGCGCCGCGGCUUCUCGGUGCGGGAGCAGUACCGCAGCCUGCGGGAGGACCUGGCGGCCAAGGUAGCCAGUGUCUAUGAGUCGCCUGGCUUCUUCCUAAGCUUGGAUCCAAUUCCAGGAGCCCUGGAAGCUGUGCAGGAGAUGUUCCACAUGCAGGAUACUGAGGUCUUCAUUUGCACGAGCCCUCUCCGGAAUUACGAGCACUGCGUCGUGGAAAAGUAUAAGUGGGUAGAGAAACACUUGGGACCCGAGUUUGUGGAGCGGAUUAUUCUGACCCGGGACAAGACCGUGGUGGCUGCUGACCUGCUGUUUGAUGACAAGGACACCAUCCAAGGCGCGGAGCCGAAGCCGAGCUGGGAGCACAUCCUGUUCACCUGCUGCCACAACCGGCACCUCCAGCUGCCGGCCCCGCGCCGGCGCCUGCGCUCCUGGGCCGACGACUGGAAGGCCAUCCUGGAAAGCAAGCGCAGGCAGUAGUCCAGGAAGGGGAUGCUGUGCUCUUCCCACUGCCAGGAAACAACCAGCCCAUCCCCUGCCAUGCCCAGGAGGCACUGUCACUGCAGGGAUCAACUGAGCUGCUCCUGUCAGACACAGUGCUCUGGGUUUCUGGAAGACUGCUCUGCACUUUUAAUCUCCGUAGUGUUUUGGAUGUUUGCUGUUGGAGAAGAGAAACUAUAAACUACAAGCA